CGCUGCCGCUGCUGCUGCUCAACUGGAUCAACUGAACUCCAAGAUCCAACACCUAGAAUCGAAAAUCAGUGAAAAAUCCCAUGAACUGAAGAAGAAGGAUGAGAUAAUUGCAGAAAAGGAAAAAGUUAUCCAAGAAAGACUGAGCACCAUUGAGUCCUUGCAGAAUGAGGUUGCUUCUCUCCAGAAAAAAGGUUCAUUGGACGCUGAGGAGCAGGUUGGGAAGGCUCAUGCCCGUGCUGGUGAACUGCAAAAUCAGGUGGACAAACUUAAAAGUGAAUUGGAGACAAAAAACAAGGAGAAGCUGACAUGGGAAAUCAAGAUAGCCGAGGCUGAGAAAACAAUUCGUCAGUUGGACUCAAAAUUAGCAGAUUUUCAAAAGACAACUGAGGAACAGAAGACCAAAAUUCGUAAAACUGAACGCGCUCUUAAAGUUGCUGAGGAAGAGAUGAUGAAGGCUAAGUUUGAGGCAACUUCAAAAGCAAGAGAACUAACAGAGGUCCAUAGUGCUUGGCUUCCACCUUGGCUUGCUGCACACUAUGUCCAAACUAGGUCAUUGGUUCAAACUCAUUGGGAUAAACAUGGGAAACCUACUUGGGAGGUGAUUACUCAAAAGGCUAAAGAGAAAAAGGAACAAGCUGGGAAAUGGGCUGAACCUCAUGUGGAAACAAUCACAACUAAAUGGAUCCCGGCUGUUAAGGAACACUGGUCUGUGGUGAAAACGAAUGCUGAACCUCAUGUGCAAUUAUUUACUACAAAAACUACUGAAAUUUAUGAGGCAUCAAAGAAUGCAAUUGCUCCUCAUGCAAGUAAGGCGAAAGAAUUUGUAGAUCCUUAUUAUCAGGAAGCUAAAAGGCUGAGCAAGCCAUACAUUGAUCAGGUUGCUGUUGCUGCUAAGCCUCAUGUUGAUAAAGCACAAGAGGUUUUGAAGCCCUAUACAAAACAUGUUGUUCAUGCUUAUGGCAGGUUCAUGGACUCCGCCACUACAUAUCAUAGCCAGGUCCAAGCAACUGUCCAGGAGACACUGAAAAAGCACGAGCUUACUAGGCCUCUUGCUACUAAAGAAUUGGAAUGGUUUGCGGCCUCUGCUCUUUUGGCCUUGCCUGUUAUUUUACUGGCUAGAGUUUUAUCUGCCACUUUCUGCAAAAAAGCCAAGAAGCCUGCUCGAACCGGAAACACUCAGAAUGCUCGACGCAAAGCUAAACGAGGGCAUCCAGAUCAGCCCGACAAGUAGAUAACACAAUGUUCGUUCCUACUUUUUUUUGGGACAGAUUUAGAUUGUUUUUACCUGUUCACAUGGACUUAUCUUGGGGGCCAGAUAUUUUACCUGUUCCAUUUUAUGCGGGCUUUGAAUAUUUUAGCUUUUUGUUUCUCAUUGAGGGAUCUUCAGAAGGUUAGAGUUGGGCAUACGAUGUGCUUAGGCAUUCAUGUAUUAUGGCUGUGUUAUAUUUGUUAUUUCACCCCUUCCCCCUUUUUGUUCGGAGAAAAAUCUUCAUAUAUUUCACAUCAUGUAUGUUUAUUGAGGUUGCUUUUAGAACUAGAAGUUGAAAGAAACUAAUUCAUGGGUUAUUCUUCACUAUCA